AUGCAAAAAAGAUUCCACCUUAGUCAUCUAAAAACGCAUAUUAAAAAAGGCACAUUAUUUUUUAAGAAUGACAAGUAUUGUCAAGUAUUGUGCAUUAUGAAAGGUCAGGAAAUAUUAGCCAAACGUAAAGAAUAUGAGAUACGCUUGCAUACAAGUAGUAAAAUUUGUUAUGUAUCAUUUAAUAUCCAUUACAAAUUCGGCCAGGCCCACUUAUUAUCUUUUGUAAGUGUAUCUCAUGUCCUUUACUUUCGAUUGAUGCACAUAAUUAACAAGAAUUUUGUAUGUAUGGCAAGGAAUUUCUCUUCUAGUAUUCCAACGGUGCCACUAUCGAAUACAGCUGAAGUGCAAAUGUUGCCAUUUACUACACACUUGAGGAGAGUUGGCGAUAUUUGCAGAAUCCGAUUUAAGAAUCUCACACAAAUUUGUUUACAUAUUAGUCCAUCUUACAGUUCACUUAUCGCUCCAGUAUCUUUCUCCUUCUACAGAUUAGUUCAUCACACUUGGAUCAAUGGAUGUGAUACUUAA